CACUUUACACGUUUGCCAUUAUUUAUUUUUCCUCUCUCUCUCUCUCUCUGAAACUGCAAAAAGCCAAGGCAGAAUUGGCAAAAAAUUCGAUUACCCAGAUCUCUAUUCUUCUCUCAAUUAAUCUCCCUUUUGGCUGUGUUACGGUGCCCCAAAUCAAUCUCCGCCGCCGGUAAACAGCUCCGACGUCACCGGAAACAAUUGUACGAUCAGUUCUCCGGCGGAUAGAUCAGCGAUCGGCUUUAAAAUGAGCAACGGCGAUCUCCUCCAAAUUGAGCCACUCGAACUUCAAUUCCCGUUCGAAUUGAAGAAGCAGAUCUCAUGUUCCAUGCAAUUAACCAACAAGUCUGAUAAUCCUGUUGCAUUCAAGGUGAAAACUACGAAUCCGAAGAAGUACUGUGUGAGGCCGAACACAGGGGUAGUGCUGCCUCACUCUAAUUGUGAUGUCACAGUUACAAUGCAAGCCCAAAAGGAGGCUCCACCAGACAUGCAAUGCAGGGAUAAAUUUCUCCUCCAAAGCGUAGUGGUCGCUUCUGGACUUACCGCAAAGGAUAUUACUCCUGAAAUGUUCAACAAAGAGUCGGGAAAUCAAGUUGAUGAAUCCAAGUUGAGAGUCGUUUAUGUUCCGCCACCUCAGCCACCUUCACCAGUGCGAGAAGGGUCAGAGGAAGGUUCCUCACCUCGGGCCUCAGUAUCAGACAAUGGGACUGUAAAUCAGACUUCCGAUUUUAACAUGAUGUCGAAAGCAUUUGUUGAACAGCAUGAAAGCUCAUCAGAGGUGAAGGCCCUGAUUUCAAAGCUGACCGAGGAGAAACAUUCUGCUGUUCAGCAAAACAACAAGCUUCAGCAAGAACUGGAGCUGUUGAGACGUCAAAGUAACAGAAGCCGUGGGGGUAUCCCGUUUAUGUAUGUCAUCAUUGUUGGCUUGAUUGGAAUCCUGUUGGGGUAUCUUCUCAAGAGAACAUGAUUUGAUCGAAAACUUGCGUCUGAAAUUCGUAUUUAGAUACCUCAGUUGUCUGCUUGUCAAAUUCCUUUUUUUUAGGACAUUGAAGAAAUGUGUCAACUAUAAGAGAUUUAUUUUUCAAUUAGCUAUAUUUGUUUGACUGUAGAAAAACACUCCUAGAUGCGUUUUUACCGGUCAUUAUAAUUUGCUCGAGAUGCUUUCGUGUUGUUGUGACCAACAUUUUUUUUUUUAACAUUUUGUAUUUCGUUGCUAUAACGAGAUAUAUUGUUUAUGGAAUCAUGGUUUUUCGU